AUGUCCGAUAUUUCUCUUCUUAAAGGUAUAGAAAAUAAUGAGGUGGACAAAUACAUAUUGGGAGAGUGCGAAGAAAAUAAAGAAAUAAAUGUGCAAGGGAAAGAGGAACUGUUUGAACUAGCCAUAGAAUUACCAAAGUUAUAUCGUAAAAAUAAUCAUGAAGUAAUAUCUGCACUAAUAAGAAAUUAUAUUCAAAGAUAUCCUAAAUGUAUUGAUGGAUAUAUAUGUUUUAGUACCUUUUAUAUGAAAAUAAAAAACUACAGAGAUUGUCUGAAUUUAAUAUAUGCAGCUUUAUAUGUAGAUAAAGAAAAUAAGUCCUUAAUAAAUUUGUUAAAAGAAUGUGAAGAAAAGCUAGUUUUAGAAAUAUGUAAGAUACCUGGGAAAUAUAAAAAUUGGAUAGGGUAUCCAGAAAGUCGAAUAACAAAUGAUAAAAGAGAUGUGUACGAUUAUAAUGAUAAUAACUAUGCAAAUUAUGAUAAUAUAAAUAAGAUUAAUAAGAAGGGGGAGGAGAAGAACAAUAUGAAGAAGAAGAAGAAGAAAGAGAUAAAUGCAUAUACAAAUGAAAGUAUGUAUAAUUUUAAAAAAAUGCAAAUUAUGAGACAUGGACAAUAUUAUGUUGCUCUUGCUAAAAAGGAUUUAAUACCAGGAGAAAUAAUAUUUCAAAGUAAACCUUUUAUGUUAACACAACAUAUAUUUUGUGAAGAGUAUACAUAUUCCACAUGUUAUCAUUGUUUGAAAGAAAGAAAAAUAAAAGAAAAAUAUUAUGCCUGUCCAAUCAAUCCACAUACAUGUCCAUAUAUUUUUUGUAGUUGGCAAUGUUUAAGUGAUAAUAUAAAAAUUCAUCAGGUUGAAUGUAGUAUAUUACCCAUUAUAUCUGCAGCAGCAAAAGAAUGUAAUUUAAGUUAUUAUAUAGUUCUUCAUAUUUUCCGUGUAUUAAUAAAAGCAAAAAUAAAUAAAGGAUAUAAAGAUAAAGAACAUAAUAUUAUUAAUGAUAUAUUUAGUUUACAAUCUUAUUAUUAUUCAGUUAAAGAAAAUCAAAAGGAAUUAUUUGAAUCAUUUAAUAUUCUUUCAAAUAGAAUAAUAUUAGAAUUUCCUUCAUCAUUUUAUUUACAUUUAAAACAAAAAGAGUUAGUUGAAUUUAUGUUAAUAAUAUGGCAACAUUCUCCUUUUAUUAAAUAUUAUUCACCUUCAUCAAUAAUACAACAUACAAAUCCUGAAAUAGCAUUUGCUGUUUUCUUUUGUCCAUUAAUAUCAAAACUUCAUCAUAGUUGUGUUCCUACUUGCACUGUUCAUUUUGAUGAAUAUGGAAUAUUAUCUGUAAGGUCUUUGUGUAAUAUACCUGAAGGGGGGAAAUUAUGUGUAAGUAUAUUAUAUGAUCAAUAUUUACCUCUCAAAAUUAGAAAGAAUGUUAGAGGCAUGCCCCGGGUCUUUGCCUGUGGUUGUGUCAGGUGCACAGAUCCUACAGAAAAUAAUUUACAUCUGAGAAGUAUGAAAUGUCCUAGAUGUAUCAUAGGAUAUAUAUACCCAAUAAAGACAGAAGCACUCAUAGAAGCCUUAAAAUUAUAUCGAUUUGAUAAACAGGCAGAUGUGCUAAGUAAGAAAAGGGGUAUCUCAGAAUAUAAAAUGGUGAGUAACAAAAUACAUGACAGGGAAAGGGAUCAGACGGGUGAAGAAAUUAGUUAUAACGGAAAAAUGAAUUCUCACAAUAAUAAUAAUAAUAUAAAUCAUAACACUCAUCAUAAUAAUAAUCAUCAUAAUGAUAAUCAUGAUAAUAAUAAUCAUCAUAAUAAUAAUCAUCAUAAUAAUAAUCAUCAUAAUAAUAAUCAUCAUAAUGAUAAUCACCAUAAUAAUAAUCAUCAUAAUAAUAAUCAUCACAAUUAUAAUCAUCACAAUUAUAAUCAUCACAAUUAUAAUCAUCAUAGUUAUAAUAAAGAUAAUGGUAAAUUAUUCAAUGAUAACGAAAUGAAUGUUUUAAAAAAACUAGGAAACGAAAUGGAGAGAUGGAUAUGUUCUACCUGUGGUAAGCUAUCCUUUGUAGGUAAUAAGAAAUGUAUAAAAUUAGAAAACAAAGUUUUUUUACUUUAUAACGAAGCUGAAAAGAAUUAUAUGGAUGGAAAUUUAAUUCUUGCGAGAAAAGAAUUAUUACAUAUAUAUAAUGAAUAUUGUUAUAUAUUAAAUCCGAAUCAUUAUAUUUUAUUUAAUGUGAAUGUAUUACUAGCUGGAUUAUUAAGAUAUGAUCCUAAUAAAGAUUUAUUUAAUUCUUUAUUACAUUUAAGAAAAGCUAUAAUAUCAGCUGAUAAUGUAUUACCAAUAUGUUCCUUGGAAAAAAUACAUUUACAUACAUGUCUUUCAGAAUAUACAUAUAUGUGUUCUAAUCUAUACAAAUUAUAUCAUAAGGGUAUGGGAAUAUCUCCAGAAUAUAUUAUAGAUCCUUUGUUCUCUGCUAUAUGGAAUUCUUGUGUUAUAACAGGUUAUGAAUCUACUUUAACAAUAAUAUUAUUACAACAAUUAAGAAAUUUCUGUAUCUUAUUAAAUAAGUUUACUAGCCCAUACAACAAAAUAAUAUUUCAUAUUAAUAGAAAAGAAGAAUUUUGUGAUUUUUAUUAUCAAGUUACACAAAAGAAAAAUCAUCCAUUAAAACAUAUUAAAAAAAUUAUUGAACACGAUCCUUUUUAUCCAAUAUAUAUGAGUUGUCAAUAUUUUCAUAUAAAAGAUACAAAUAAAUAUUUUAUAAAUAUAUUAAAAAGUUUUAAAAAUAUACGAUAUAUAGGAAAUGGAUUAACAGCUAUAUCUUUAGCAGCGGCUGUUGGAAAUGUUGAACUGGUCAAAAUACUUUUGAAAUUAAAUUAUUCUCUUUUUACAAAAAAUGAAUUAAAUAUGAAUGUCCUUUUAUAUAUGGCUAGUUCCCUUUUACCUGAUGAACAGCUAGUAUAUCAUUCAAAUUAUUAUUAUACUUUGAUGAGAGAGAUAAAAUUACAACAUGUUAAUUUUCAAGAAUUCCAAAAUGAAUAUAAUAAAUACAUUAAUGUUAUAUCUAAUACACUAGAACCAACCGAGCUCAUUAAAGGAAAUAAAAUAAACCAUUAUCAAGUAAAUAAUAGAUAUAAUAAUAAAUAUGAUACAACACAUAUAGAUUCACAAUCUAUGCACUCAUAUGAAUUAAAAAAUACAUUCCCCUUCAGUGAUAUACCUCUUGAUGAUGAUUUCAUAUACGGAGAAAAAAGCAAAGAAUUAGAUAAGAAACAAGCAACCAUUUUAAUACUCUUCUUAACUUAUUUAGAUAAACUACAAAUAAAAAAAAAAAAAAGUUAUAAAAUCAAAUAUAA